AUGCGCUCUCUAGGCCAGAAUCCUUCCGAGUCCGAGCUGCAGGAUAUGAUCAACGAGGUCGACGCCGACAACAACGGCACCAUCGAUUUUCCUGAAUUCCUUACCAUGAUGGCCCGCAAGAUGAAGGAUACGGACUCGGAGGAGGAGAUCCGCGAGGCCUUCAAGGUAUUCGACCGUGACAACAACGGCUUCAUCUCCGCCGCCGAGCUGCGCCACGUCAUGACCUCCAUCGGCGAGAAGCUGACCGACGACGAGGUAGACGAGAUGAUCCGCGAAGCGGACCAGGAUGGUGAUGGGCGAAUUGACUACAACGAGUUCGUCCAAUUGAUGAUGCAGAAAUGA